GUAAAAGAUAGGAUGGUGGCGGGGAAGUGGAGUAUGUAUUGCCCAAUCUUGGCCUGUUGGCAGCCGAUUCUCAUCUUGAUGUUGGGAUCCAUCCUCUCAGGCUCUGCCACGGGUUGCCCACCCCGCUGUGACUGCUCGGCCCAGGAACGCUCAGUGACUUGCCACCGGAAGCGAUACAUGACCGUUCCUGAGGGCAUCCCCACCGAGACCAAACUUUUAGAUUUGGGGAAAAACCGCAUCAAGACUCUCAACCAGGACGAGUUUGUCAAUUUUCCUCACUUGGAGGAGUUGGAGUUGAACGAGAACAUCAUCAGCGGCAUUGAGCCAGGGGCUUUCAAUAACCUCUUCCACCUCAGGACUCUGGGUCUCAGGAGCAACCGGCUCAAACUUAUCCCCCUCGGAGUGUUUACGGGACUCAGCAACCUCACCAAGUUGGACAUUAGUGAGAACAAAAUUGUGAUCCUUCUGGAUUAUAUGUUCCAGGACUUGUACAACCUCAAGUCUUUGGAGGUUGGGGACAAUGACCUUGUCUAUAUUUCCCACCGGGCUUUCAGUGGGCUCAACAGCUUAGAACAUCUGACCUUGGAGAAAUGCAACUUGACCUCCAUCCCUACGGAAGCCCUCUCUCACUUGCAUGGCUUAAUUGUGCUACAGCUGCGCCACCUGAACAUCAACGCCAUCAGGGAUUACUCUUUUAAGAGGCUGUAUCGACUCAAAAUCCUGGAGAUUUCACACUGGCCCUAUCUAGACACCAUGACAUCCAACUGCCUGUACGGACUCAACCUGACAUCUCUGUCCAUCACCCACUGCAACCUGACAUCCAUACCUUACGUCUCCUUGAGGCACCUGGUCUAUCUUAGGUUUCUGAACCUGUCCUACAACCCCAUUGCCAGCAUCGAAGGCUCCAUGCUUCAUGACCUACUCAGGCUUCAGGAGAUACAGCUGGUCGGGGGUCAACUCUCGGUGGUGGAACCAUACGCUUUCCGGGGCCUGAACUACUUGCGGAUCUUGAAUGUUUCAGGGAAUCUCCUGAACACACUGGAAGAAUCAGCCUUCCACUCUGUGGGGAAUCUGGAAACCCUUAUCAUAGAUAACAAUCCUUUGGCCUGCGACUGCCGACUUCUCUGGAUCUUCCGACGUCGCUGGAGGCUGAACUUCAACAAGCGUCAACCCACCUGUGCGACUCCCGAAUUUGUCCAGGGGAAACAGUUCAAGGAUUUUUCAGAGGCGCUCCUGCCAAACUACUUCAUUUGUCGCCGGUCGCGGAUACGGGACCGCAAACCCCAGCAGAUCUUCGUGGACGAGGGCCACACCGUGCAGUUCAUCUGCCGUGCAGAUGGAGACCCACCUCCGGUCAUUAUGUGGCUGUCGCCAAGGAAGCACCUCAUCUCGACCAAAACCAACGGGCGGCUCACCGUCUUCCCCGAUGGCACUCUGGAGGUGCGCUACGCCCAGAUUCAGGAUAACGGCACCUACCUAUGCAUCGCCAGCAACGCAGGAGGCAAUGACACCAUGCUGGCGCACCUGCACGUCCGCAGUUAUUCCCCCGACUGGCCCCACCAACCCAAUAAGACCUUCGCUUUCAUCUCCAACCAGCCGAAUGAGAGUGAUGCCAACAGCACGCGUGCCACCGUGCCUUUCCCCUUCGACAUCAAGACCCUCAUCAUUGCCACCACCAUGGGCUUCAUCUCCUUCUUGGGAGUCGUGCUCUUCUGCCUGGUGCUUCUCUUCCUUUGGAGCAGAGGCAAAGGGAACACCAAGCACAAUAUUGAAAUCGAGUACGUCCCACGGAAAUCCGAUGCGGGCAUCAGUUCCGCUGCUGACGCGCCGCGCAAGUUCAACAUGAAAAUGAUCUGA